CCGAGGAUAUCUUUUUGUCACAUUUCCCGUGCUAUACCAGGCAAAUUCAUUGCCAAAAAUAAAACAGCGUGCCAGCACUUUUGUUGAAGCAGCAGGACCGAAUGGGGUGUUUGCUCUUAUAAGUAAACUCCACCUUCGUCUUUUUUACACCAUUCACAUCUCCAUCAUCUCUCCUUCUACUCCUUCUUCAUUCCAUCCAAAGAAGGAACGUUAAUACGAAGGCCCUGUCUCUCUUUGUCUUUCUUUGCCGUUUCUUACCCCUCUGCCAAAAGUCGACCUAUCACACAUCCACUCGCUUGUUUAUGUAAAAUAAGGCACUUCCCCAAAAAGAGAAUCACCGCACCCUUUAUUCCUGCUGGACAUCGUAUUCCUUCACAUAUUUAGAAUGAACUCCUCAGAACCAACACAGAACCGCCGCACAAGCACUGGCAGCGGGUCUGACCAGACCACCAACGCUGACUAUGUCGCCAGCAAACCUACAUCCCUCAGGAACCGCCAUGAGGUCGACACCUCUCCCAGUUCACCUCUCACUACACAUCCAGAGAAAAAAGUUACGCUUCGCUCAAUGACUUCCCUCCGCUCGACCCUUCCCAAGACCGAUGGUCCCAUCAUUGGUCAAGAACACUCCCAUCGACAGCUGUCCCUCCUCCAGUGUCUCAAGGCCAUUCUUUUCGCUAGCAAAAUCAAUGUCAUGCUUAUCUUCAUCCCGAUCGGUAUUGUCGCCGCCAAAUUGCACUGGCCCGACGUCGCUGUCUUUAUUCUCAACUUCUUGGCCAUCGUCCCCUUGGCAAAACUUCUUGGCUAUGCGACCGAAGAAAUCUCCCUCAGACUUGGAGAGAACCUGGGUGCCCUGCUCAAUGCCUCGUUUGGUAAUGCCGUCGAACUUAUUCUGUCCAUCAUCGCGCUGAAGGAGGGCAAGAUUGCUGUUGUACAGGCCUCCGUCCUCGGCUCUGUUCUUUCCAACUUGUUGCUGGUCUUGGGAUUCUGCUUCGUCUUUGGAGGUUACAAGUACAAGACCCAGACAUUCAACCAGACCGCUGCUCAGACCUCGGCCUCGCUCCUCUCGUUGUCGUGCCUCUCACUCUUGAUUCCUGCGGCUUUCCAUGCCACAACCACCGAGAUUGACCAGACUGUCAACAUCCAGCAUCUGUCCUACGGCACCUCGAUCGUGCUCUUGGUCGUCUAUGUGCUGUACCUGGUCUUCCAGCUCAAGACCCACACCCAUCUUUACGCCACCGACAGCUCAGAGGAGGAAGAACCCAUCCUCCCGCUCUGGCUGGGCAUCGUCGUUUUGCUGAUCAUUACUGUCAUUGUUGCUUUCUGUGCCGAGUUUUUGGUCGGUUCCAUUGACGGUCUUUCGCACUCCUGGAAUAUCAGUCCUACCUUCAUCGGUCUGAUCCUUUUGCCCAUCGUCGGUAACGCAGCCGAGCACGUCACUGCCGUAUCCGUGGCGAUGAAGGACAAGAUGGACCUGGCCAUCGGUGUCGCUAUUGGCUCCUCCAUGCAGAUCGCCUUGUUCGUCACCCCAUUGAUGGUUAUUAUCGGCUGGAUCAUCCAUCAACCCAUGACCUUGUUCUUCAAUACCUUCGAGACCUGCGUCCUCUUUGUGUCGGUCCUGAUUGUCAACUACCUGAUCCAGGAUGGAGAGUCCAACUGGCUGGAGGGUGUCAUGUUGCUGAGUACAUAUCUCAUUGUCGCCAUCGCCAUUUAUUUCUACCCGGCUUCUGCGGUCGAGAGCGGCGGUCAGUAAGCGGCAUUCCGUUGUGGACAAUUUUGAAGCGCUGCUUUCAUGGGCGGAUUUAUCAGACGAGCUUUCACGUUUUGCAGGAACAUUGAGGUCUUGGGUCUGCGAAUAAGGGUUCUAGAUGGUUUCCGUGACUUGAGGAUGGAGACCCGCGCGCAUUGAGUGCGAUAGUGGGCCAUAUUUAACGACAUUUAAUAUAUUCGCAUAAAUAAUUAUCCCAUAU